AUGUCGUCCCCCAAAGACCUCCGUAUUCAGAUCGAGGCUCUUGCCUUCCAAAUCGCGGACAUCAAGAAGGCGGGAGGUACUGAUUGCGAUGAGUACAAGUCACUGGUAAAGGAAAUGGCUGCGCUUCGCAGCCGACUUCCGCAAGAUGAGAAGAAGGCGAAGAAGGAAAAGACAAUAGAGCCGUCGUACUUUGAGUCGCGCCUGGCGAUGGUCAAGGAGAUGGGUCUUCUCGGUGCUGCCUACCCGCAUAAGUACCACCGUCAGUAUACGAUUCCUCAGUACCGCAGGAAGUACGCACCUUUGAUAGCAGAGCCCGGUACUUCCCUUGACGAAACGGUCACUAUAGCGGGUCGCAUCAUUAAGAAGCGUAGUUCCGGAUCAAAGCUGCACUUCAUUACUAUCCAGGGUGAUAUGGAGACUGUGCAGGUCAUUUCCGCCAUUGCUAAUUACACUGACGAGUCGAAGUUUGCUGAGAUCCACUCUAAGCUAAAGCGUGGUGAUAUUAUCGGCGUUGCGGGAAAGCCAUCCCUAUCAAAGAGCAACGAGUUCUCACUCAAUGCUGUCGAAGUUACGCUUCUCUCAACUUGCUACCACAUGCUACCCGACGACUACUUCGGUCUUUCUUCCUUUGAGCAGCGCUUCCGUCAGCGCUACCUUGACUUGAUCGUCAAUCGCGACAAUAUCAAGGUAUUCAUUCAGCGUGCAAAUAUCAUCAAAUACAUUCGUAAGUUCUUUGAUGAACGUGACUUUGUGGAGGUUGAGACACCGGUGCUCAACCAAAUCGCUGGUGGCGCUGCGGCUCGUCCCUUUGUGACGCACCAUAACGAUCUCAACCAGACCAUGUUCCUGCGUAUAGCACCAGAGCUCUACUUGAAAGAGCUUGUCGUCGGUGGUAUGGAUCGCGUGUACGAACUCGGCAAGCAGUUCCGUAACGAGAGCAUUGAUCUGACGCACAACCCGGAAUUCACAAGCUGCGAGGCAUACUGGGCGUAUAUGGACUACAACGAUUGGAUGACCGCCACAGAAGACCUUUUGUACGGCCUGGCCAUGGAGCUUCAUGGCUCACCUAUCGUCCGCUAUGCGCCAAAGGAUUCUGAAGGAAAGCUGCUGCCAGAGGUUACCUUUAAUUUCAACAAACCGUUUAAACGCCUGCACAUUAUCCCGGAGCUGGAGAAGCGCUUGAAGAUAUCCUUUGACAACGUUGACUUCGAGUCGGAUGCGGGUAUCCAGUUUCUGAUGGACUUAUGCAAGAAGCACAAGGCCGACUGCCCGCCACCCUACACAGCACCUCGUCUCCUCGAUGCCCUCAUCGCCGAGUUUCUCGAGCCUGAGUGCCACGAUCCCUGCUUCAUCUGCGAUCACCCUCGCGUGAUGUCACCUCUCGCUAAGUGGCACCGUAAUGACCCCCGCCUGACGGAGCGCUUUGAGCUGUUUGUCAACAAGAAAGAGCUCGCUAAUGCGUACACCGAGCUGAACAACCCUAUCGUGCAACGUGAGGAGUUUGUCAAACAGAUGCUAAACCGCGACAAGGGCGAUGACGAGUCAAUGAAGAUUGAUGAGGGCUUCAUCGCUGCGCUGGAGCAUGCGCUGCCGCCCACUGGUGGCUGGGGUCUCGGUAUUGACCGCCUUGUGAUGUUCCUCACAAGCCAGUCCAACAUCAAGGAAGUGCUUCUGUUUCCUGCCAUGAAGCCCGAGGGCAAGAAUGCGAUUAGCUACCCUCCGGGCACAAUGCUUAACGGCCAGGGCGUUCCUCUGUUGAAGUAA